UCUCUCUCCUCUUCUUGUUACAGUAAAACCCUAGAUUUUGUUUGUUGUUCCCAAUUUUGAUUACUGCGUAUUUUUCUCUCUUCUCUUCUUGUCAACAGUAAAACACUAGAUUUUUGUUUAUUGUUCCCAAUUUAGAUUACUGAUUCAUAUGGGUACUUUGUGAUCUUAAAUCCAUGAUUUAUACCUGCUCACUUGCUUAAUUUUGGGGUUUAUGAUUAAUGUUUUUGAUGGGGUUUUGUGCAUUGUUCCCAAUUUAGAUUACUGAUUCAUAUGGGUACUUUAUAAUCUUAAAUUCAUGAUAUAUACCAGCUCACUUGCUUAAUUUUGGGGUUAAUGAUCGAUUUUUUAGAUGGGGUUUUCGCCAUUGUAAGUCUGAUUGAUGGGAUUAGUCCCUAGUUCCAGAUUCCAGUUUUACUACACAUUUCUAGUAGUCUUGCUGAAAUUCUAUUCUGGGUAUUGCAUUUACAGUAGUUAAGCUGUGAUUAGCAUUCAAUUUGUGGGAGAGGGCUGGAUAGAAAUUGAAAUAUCAAAUUUGCACAUUUGGGAAUUGGGAAUUGUGUUUUUCUAGUAAUGAAAUCUCCAUAUGCUUAGAGUAAAUAUUGGUACAAUGUGCUUGGGGUCGUUUCGUCUGGAAAUCAUAGUCACAUGUGCAAAUUUGGGAUGUCCGGAAUAAGUUGUCGGAAUGGGAAGAGUGCAUGAUUGAUACAAUUAUUAUAAAGACCUGGUAGGACCAUGUCAUAUUUUAACUAUAUAGGAGGUUGGAACAGUGUAAAUUCUUUUGGGUGGUUGGACUGUUGGAGUAUGACAAUGUUGCCUUAAAGAGUUAAGCGCCUCCAAGGACCAGGGUUACCUGGUUCGCUAGUAUGAGAUUGGGUACGGGUUUGCAAUUCGCUACCUAAUUUGCUAAAUUAGACCAAAAUUAUACCAUUUUGAUGUUGUAAUUCUCUUUUUCGGUUCGCGGUUUGUGGGCUGAUUGGAGGAUUAGGUAGCACUGCCGAGGACAAUAAAUUGAAGCUUCUUUCAGUCUAUACUUUCAAAGAGAGAGGUAGAAUUCAGAGAGAGACUUUCAGUAGAACUUAAUGGAUAUAAUUGCCGAUAGACUAGCAACAAUUCAGAACGAAAUCCGUCAGGCAGAAAACCAGAAGAUCCAAUAUGAGCAAAUGCUCGGUCUGUUCUGGGAGCAUCCGCCUGCUCUUGAUAUCGAAGAUGUAGGAAGAAGGAUGCAUUUUUUACUGGACUGCAUUCAAACCCUAGAAGACCAGAAAAGGGCCCUCCUUAAUGAAGAACAAGACCUGAUUGUGCAGGCCACCACCCUUGCCCGCCACGGAGAUUAGAACAGAAGAUUCCGUCGACUCUUUCUAGAAGAUUUAAUAAGUGUCUGUAGACGCAUAGUAGUGUGUUUUAAUGUAUGGUCUUCUUCUUCUUUGUUUGGUUUUCUUUGUUAUGUUUGCGUAAAUAAAUAAAAAAAUCGAGCAAUGUUCUGAAAUCACUUUAUAUAUACUAUUAUGCCCAUAAUGAUUGUUAA